ACUUAAUGUAUUUGAUACGGACAGGUGACUGAAUAUUAAAUUAACCAAGCAGCGUCAUAAGGAGUAGGACUGUCAUAAGUCUUAUAUACCCUUUCGAGCUUCCAGAAAGGGUAAAUGGUAUAAAUACGUUUUGCUAUCCAUGAAGAGACCCUAAGUUGUAUUUCCCUAUACACGAAAGCGGACGGCAAUGUGAAAGUUCAUUCAAAGAAAAAGCCAGUAUAAAACCGUAUUUCAAACUCGUGAAACAUCCAGAAAAAAUACAAAUAAUAAAUAAGUUCAUAUUAGUUUUGACUUCAAAGUGCAACUGUGAAAAGCGCUAAAAUAAUUUAGUGCUCGAAUAGAAGUAAAUCUCUUGAAAAACUCCUUAUACUAAGGAAAAGAAAAUAUUUAAUAAACACUUCAUAAAAAAUUCUUGGAAUCCUUGGAAUCAAAUAUAUCCCCCUCAAUAUGACCGUAGCAAAAAGCAAUUCCACUACCGUCCUGCAGCACAUCGAAGCUGGUCUCAACGUGCUCAAUCAGCUGUGCAUUGGAUUCGUCACAAUCUGGAUCUGCUGGAACUGCCUACGCACUGGUCUCUCUGGAAUCCGGCUGCACGUCUGGCUGGUGUCCUUUGGUUUUGUUUUCCUCAUGGCCGAGGCCAUGAUGUGCUUCUACGACGGCAACUGGCUGACUCUGCGCUACACUCGCAAGCGCAAGACGGCCAUCCAUGUGGUGCUGCAGAUACUCGGUGGCGGUAUGGGGGUAGCCGGCUGCCUGGUCCAACUGAUACGCGACAACUGGAGCAUUAGCGUCACCACCCACUCCCGGCUGGGAUUCGCCGCCUUCGUGCUGUGCCUCAUCUCUCUGCUCAGUGGACUGUCAGCAGUGCUGGCCCGUAGCUUGUCGAAGAUUUGUUCGCCGCUGGGCAACAAAACCUUCCACGUCCUGCUCAGCAUGGGCGCAUUUGUUACGGCCAUGUUGGCCCAGUUCUACGGCUAUACGCAAACCGGAAUAUUCAAAGGCCAAGGCGAGGAUUUCGUUAUCCUUAUGCAGGUCGCGACCCUCGUGUCAAUGGUCCUAACCUGCAUAGCACCGCUUAAGUCGCUAUAUCAGAAAGCUCUCAGUUUCGCCAGCUAAGAGGAGAAACGAUUAUGUUAAAUUUUAGACAUAAAUAAUGUUAAAUUUUAGAUAUAAAUAAUUUAAUUAACUGAGUAUAAUAUUAACUUAUAACUAGAAGAGAAAUAAAAGUAACUUUAAUA